AUUGCCAGCAUCACAACUCUUGUGCUUUGGGGGCAUUAUUAAGCAAAAUAAGGAUUCCUUAAACACAAGCACCGUGGUUCUGCAACAGCUGAUCUGAUGACCUAGACAUCUACUAAGUGACUCACAGGGUAGCGUCUAUAGCAUGGAUCUGCUGGACGAAGGGAUGGUUCACGUCCCGGGGGGGAUGGAGUGGACUUCACUGCACUACUCAGAAGGGUGCCCAAUCUAAAAUCUACAAUUUUAUGUCUGGAAUUUUCCAUUUAAUAUUUUUGGACCACAGGUGACCACGAGUAACUGAAACUGUGGAUAACAGGGGACUACUGUAUAGAUAUUCACCAUGAUGAGGACAUUCAGUUUUUCAGUUGAAUGUUAAAUAUCCUCUCUUGUAAUUACGUUUAAGGCAGAAAACAGAUGAUCAAUUGAGUUCCUUUAAAAUCUAACAUUCACUUCCAGUUUUCGCUUUCUGCCCGUGGAUGCUGCCGAGUAAGCACUGUUAGUCUCCCCUCCCACUGCAGUCAUGUCUAAGUCAGAGUCUCCCAAAGAGCCCGAACAGCUGCGGAAGCUCUUCAUCAGAGGUUUGAGUUUUGAAACAACUGAUGAUCUCAGGAGCCAUUUUGAGCAACGGAGAAUGCUCACGGACUGUGUGGUAAUGAGAGAUCCAAACACCAAGUGCUCCAGAGGCUUUGGCUUUGUCACGUACGCCACUGUGGAGGAGGUGGAUGCAGCUAUGAAUGCAAGGCCACACAAGGUGGAUGGAAGAGUUGUGGAACCAAAGAGGGCCGUCUUAAGAGAAGAUUCUCAAAGACUUGGUGCCCACUUAACUGUGAAAAAGCUUUUUGUUGGUGGCAUUAAAGAAGACACUGAAGAACAUCACCUAAGAGAUUAUUUUGAACAGUAUGGGAAAAUUGAAGUGAUUGAAAUCAUGACUGACAGAGGCAGUGGCAAGAAGAGAGGAUUUGCUUUUCUAACUUUUGAUGACCAUGACUCCGUAGACAAGUCUGUUAUUCAGAAAUACCAUACUGUGAAUGGCCACAACUGUGAAGUAAGGAAAGCCCUAUCUAAGCAAGAGAUGGCUAGUGCUUCAUCCAGCCAAAGAGGUCGAAGUGGUUCUGGAAAUUUUGGUGGUGGUCGUGGAGGUGGUUUUGGUGGGAAUGACAACUUUGGUUGUGGAGGAAACUCAGUGGUUGAGUUAGCUUCGGUGGCAGCCGUGGCAGGUGGUGGAUAUGGUGGCAGUGGGGAUGGCUAUAAUGGAUCUGGUAAUGAUGGAAGCAAUUUUGGAGGUGGAGGAAGCUAUAAUGAUUUUGGAAAUUACAACAAUCAAUCUUCAAAUUUUGGACCCAUGAAAGGAAGAAAUUUUGGAGGCAGAUGCUCUGGCCCCUAUGGUGGUGGAGGCCAAUACUUUGCCAGACCACGAAACCAAGGUGGCUAUGGCGGUUCCAGCAGCAGCAGUAGCUAUGGCAGUGGCAGAAGGUUUUAAUUACUGCCAGGAAACAAAGCUUAGCAGGAGAGGAGAGCCAGAGAAGUGAAGGGAAGAUACAGGUUACAACAGAUUUGUGAACUCAGCCAAGCACAGUGGUGGUAGGGCCUAGCUGCUACAAAGAAGACAUGUUUUAGACAAUACUCAUGUGUAUGGGCAAAAAACUCCAGGACUGUAUUUGUGACUAAUUGUAUAACAUGUUAUUUUAGUUUCUGUUCUGUGGAAAGUGUGAAGCAUUCCAACAAAGGGUUUUAAUGUAGAUUUUUUUUUUUUUGCACCCAUGCUGUUGAUUGCUAAAUGUAAUAGUCUGAUCACGACGCUCAAUAAAUGUGUCUUUAAAAAAAAAAAAAAAUCUAACAUUCACUUCCAGUUUUCAUUUAAUUAAAAAUUACAUCUAUUUUAAUGUCAAAUCUGAAGCCAUUUUUUCACAUAUCACCACUAGACUAAAAAGAUCUUUAAGGAAUGGAACCAUAAUCAUUUAUGUAGCAACAAUGGCAUCAGGCAUAGUA